GCCUUCUCACUGCGGCCGCUGGCGGGCGGGGCAGCGCCCGGGGCAGAGGGGCGCGGGAUGAGGACCCUCACGCGCCGGGGAUGCCUGGGGGACUUGGAGGUCGGGUCGGAGGAGGUCGAGAUGCCCCAUACGCGGCCCCGUUCGCGGGUAAACCCCGGCCCGGAGGUUCCGGCGCCGGGCGAGCCGCUUGCCUGCGGCGCGAGGAGCGCAGCGCGGGGCCUCGCCUGUCGCCGGACUGGGCCCAUUGCGUGGGGCUGACUUGGCACCUCCCGCGGAUCCGGGCCCGCGCCGGCGGGGAGAGAAGGCGGCGGAGCGGCUCCGCGCCGGGCGGGGACCGCCCCGACGGGCCCCGGGGUCGCCGCUCCUUCGGGCGGACGGAGGGUCCGAGGCCUGCGGCACUCAGCAAUACGGGAGGCGCUCCGCCGGCACGGAGAGAACGCGGGGCCCGGCUCCGUCUGCCACGCUGCCCUCAAAAAUUUACUUAAAAAAGAUGAAGGCGCAUGCAAAUGCAUGGCGCCUUCUUGCUUGUGCCUUUAAUCAUGGUAAAUUGACUCUCGUUCCUCCAGGCCCCCCGAAAAUAUACACAGCGCGCACCGCACCUCGGCAGGGCUGGAACUCCCAGCGCGCCGCGCACUCGCACGCACCGGGACCCACCCGGGGCGAUCUGGCGCUUCGCGGCCCCGUGCGAUGCCGCUUUCUCAGCAAUUUUCCUACCCAAAAGCUGCCGAGAAGGGAACAACAGAGAUAGCAUCGGGCUGCCUAUAUCAAAGAGAUCCCGCUUAAUUAAAGUGGCGGUGCGGCGCUCUCCGUCUUCCCCACGGCGCGGCCCGGACCGCGCUCUGUCGACGGCUCUCGGAGCCCCCGGGUGGGACCCUCUGACAUCCCGCGGGGCGCCAGCUCCGGUCCCCUUCCCUCUGCCCUACGGGCACCGGGCGUCCCCGCUGCCGCCCCCCACCUGCUGCCGGGGCUGCGGACCGAGCCCCGGGGAGGGGUGGCUUCGAGGCGCGGGGAGGCACCGCGUUGUGCGCGGAGAUCAUUUGUUUGUGCCACCGAGCGGCAGCCCGGUAAUUUAUUGUUAUUGUUAGCAGUAACUACACUUUGCGGCUCGCUUACAUUUAUCCUUCCGAGGGAGGAUGCACGGGCUACAUCCGUCAGCACCGGGCGCACCCGCCAACCGCUCCGAGUGGCCCCGCAGUGCGGUGCGGGACGGAGGGCGGACGGCAGAGCGACUCAGAGCCGCAUUGGCCGACGGGGCUGCUCGGGGACUCCGCGGGCUCCGCCGCUGUCGGCGCCCGGGCCCACGUCGGGAUCGCCCCGCAGCGGGCUGCUCCCCGCGUAGCGAUGGUCGAUGCCGAGGCCGUGCGGAGCGCGCAGCGCCGCUGCGAGGGAAAAAAAAAAAAAAAAAAAAAGGAAAGCCUCUGAACCCCGCGACCCCAUCACCGUCCGCGCUCCGCACGGCCGUGGCAACGCAGCCGGUGCCGGCGGGAGGCGGCGGUGCCCGAGUCGGGGAUGAGCGGCCCGGGCAGCUCCGCACGGGGCAGCCCCGGGAUCGCGCCCGCCGGCCUCGGGAGUCCCGAGCUCGCCGCGCCCCGGCUGACCCCGGUUCGCUCCCGGCCCCGCAGCUCCCGCGGUGCCCCGGGCCGUGCCUCCGCGCGCCGGCAGGGGGCAGGCUGCGCUCGGGGCCGGGCCGGGCCGGGCCGGGCCGGGCCGGGUUCGGCCGCGGCGGGAUCGUCGCCUCCAGCGACUGCGGGAAGCCCACCCGCACCCGGGGCCCACGACCGCCGCUCGCGAGACCGCCCGCACUGCCGGCGCAGCCAACUCCAGUCCCGCGAGGAUCCCCUCGAGCCCCCGGGACUGCUCGCCUGCUCGCCCCCAGCCGGGAACUCAGCAGAAUAAGCGAACACGGAGGGGCCGCACGCUCCGGAACGCGCGGUCAUCCGCACAGCCGCGCGGGGACCGCGCGCUUAAGGCAGAAAAAUCGCGGGGCUUCUCUGUCUCCGUCCCUUCGAGUAACGCGGGGCCCCACGCUAUCCCGAACGCGCGCACAGCGCCGAGCGGAGCGGUCCCGCACGGGGUCCGACUGAGGCCCGAAGCGGCGCUUCGCGCGGGGCUGCGGCGGCCGCGGAGCUCUCGUGGUGGCCGCAGCCCUGAGCCGCUUCUCUCCGCUCCGCCGCUUCGUUCGGGAAACAGGGAGCGGUGUUUGGCCGCUGCGAUCUCCAAAUUAAAACAAAACACCUCAAAACAAAAAGAUUUGUCUUGCAAAUAAAUGCCGAAUUAGAAACAAGCCGCGGGAGGUGGGGCUGCGGGGCUCGACUUGGUUUAAUUUCUGUGAUGGUUUUGCGCGUGGGUGUCUUAAUUGUAUUUUGUUUUUUUCGUUAAAAGCAUUUUGGAAACCGAAGGUAACACCUCAUCGAAUGGUUCUCGGGGCAGCGGGCGGGGAUGGGAGCACCCGGCGCGACGGAACCCAUCUUUAGGGCGAUAUUUAAUUUACAAAAACUAUUGCGGAGAGGAAAGAAGGGCUGCGAUUGUCCUCGUAGUCGUAGGAGACAGAUUGUGGGAAGCCCGAUGUGGUGGAGAAACGGAAUCCUUACACGAAAAUAAGGAGGUAACACAGAAAAUUAAUGUACAUGAGAUGCUUUUCUCUCCGCUGAUUGAAGUCUGAAAUUUAAGCAGCUUUUAUCUUGAUCUCAGAAUUGAAUAAUCGUAUAUUAUUUUUUCAGCAUUAGCUACAAAGGUUUUCAGAUUUAUAAUGUCCCAAACAAAAAUAAAAUAGGCUCUAUCACUUAAAAUCCUUCCCAAAAUAUUUUACUAAAUCACGAAUUUCACUCAGAGCUGUUUCUGCACGCGUAGAAAGAGGCUUUAUCUUAAGACCCAGAAAAAGACGCAUUAAGUAAUUCAGGUUAACACUUGUCCUGCUUAUUAAAUAUCAACAUUUGGGGAGCAUUACAAAAUAAACUCUGUUCCUUCAGCGGGGUCACAGCACAGCACGGGUCACAUUAAGAACCCCGCGCGGAAUCCUUUCCAGAUUUUUAUUUCCUUAGAUUUAAAUUUUAACAGUAUCAGCAGAGAAACAAAAACGAAAGGAAAGCGCGAGCCCCGGGAGCUCGGGAGAUCUUUGUCCCGCGUGCGGAGAUCGGUGCGUCUCGCUAUCCGUGGAUCGGUUUCGAACAAGAAAAUAGAAGAGCGCGAUAUAUUAAAAUAUGGUUGUUGAUUUUUUUUCACAUGUAUAUCGUGUGCAAAUAUACGCAUUGUGUAUAUAAAC